AUGAGCAACCCGGACGUCGGCCGAGCUGGUGGUCCAGUCGAGAGAGAUAUUGAGCAGGCAAUUACUGCUCUUAAGAAAGGUGCUCACUUGCUCAAGUAUGGAAGAAGAGGAAAGCCUAAAUUUUGUCCGUUUCGUCUGGCAAAUGAUGAAUCUGUUUUGCUAUGGUACUCGGGUAAAGAAGAGAAAAAACUUAAACUUAGUCAUGUGUCAAGGAUUAUAUCUGGUCAGCGGACUCCAAUUUUUCAGAGGUAUCCACGGCCUGAGAAGGAAUAUCAGUCUUUUUCGCUUAUAUACAAUGACAGAUCCCUUGAUUUGAUAUGCAAGGAUAAGGAAGAAGCAGAGGUAUGGUUUAGCGGGCUUAAGGCAUUGACUUCCCGCAGUCAUCAACGUAGGUGGAGAACAGAAUCGAGGAGUGAUGGAAUUUCAUCUGGAGCAACUAGUCCCAGAACAUACACGAGAAGAAGUUCUCCACUUAAUUCCCCAUUUGGAAGUGCUGAUGGCUUGCACAAGGAUGGAUCUAGCCAAAUUCGCCUCCAUACUCCCUAUGACAGUCCUCCAAAAAAUGGUCUGGACAAGGCAUUUUCAGAUGUUGCUUUGUAUGCUAUGCCAUCCAAGGGUUUCUUCCCUUCAGAUUCUGCCAGUGCUUCUGCCCAUUCAGUUUCAUCGGGAGGCUCGGAUAGCAUGCACGGUCAAAUGAAAGGAAUGGCAGUGGAUGGCUUUAGAGUAAGUCUCUCCAGUGCUGUAAGCUCAUCGAGUCAAGGCUCUGGUCAUGAUGAUGCCGAUGCCUUGGGGGAUGUUUUCAUUUGGGGAGAAGGAACGGGUGAUGGAAUAAUUGGUGGUGGGCCCCACAGAGUGUGUAAUAGUUUGGGUAUCAAGAUGGACUCAAUGCUGCCCAAGGCAUUGGAAUCUGCAGUCGUGUUAGAUGUUCAGAACAUUGCUUGCGGUGGGCGGCAUGCCUCCCUGGUGACAAAACAAGGAGAGAUAUUCUCUUGGGGUGAAGAGUCGGGAGGUAGGCUCGGUCAUGGUGUGGAUGCUGAUGUCAUGCACCCUAAGUUAAUUGACACGCUUAGUAGUACAAACAUCGAGCUUGUUGCUUGCGCUGAGUACCAUUCUUGUGCUGUCACACUUUCAGGCGAUUUGUACACGUGGGGCAAUGGUCAUUUUGGCCUCCUAGGGCACGGGAAUGAAGUGAGUCAUUGGGUGCCCAAAAGAGUUAAUGGACCUCUGGAGGGGAUACACGUGUCUUCAAUUUCAUGCGGGCCUUGGCAUACAGCUGUUGUGACAUCUGCAGGACAGUUGUUUACCUUCGGAGAUGGAACUUUCGGGGUUCUUGGGCAUGGAGAUAGGGAAAGUACUUCAGUACCUAGGGAAGUGGAGUCCCUGAAGGGUCUCCGCACUGUACGGGCGGCAUGUGGUGUUUGGCAUACUGCUGCUGUUGUUGAGGUUAUGGUUGGGAGCUCGAGUUCCAGUAAUUGUUCUUCUGGCAAGCUUUUCACGUGGGGAGAUGGUGACAAGGGCCGACUCGGGCAUGGGGACAAGGAAUCAAGACUUGUCCCGACCUGUGUUGCUGCACUUGUCGAACCAAAUUUUUGCCAGGUGGCUUGUGGACACAGCCUGACCGUUGCUCUAACGACUUCUGGCCAAGUAUACACUAUGGGCAGCCCGGUUUACGGGCAGCUGGGAAACCCUCAAGCUGAGGGGAAGCUCCCUUCCCGUGUUGAAGGUAAACUUAUGAAGAGUUUUGUGGAGGAGAUAGCAUGUGGAGCCUAUCAUGUGGCCGUGUUGACUUCAAGAACUGAAGUUUAUACAUGGGGCAAGGGAGCAAAUGGUAGAUUGGGUCAUGGGGAUGUGGAUGAUAGGAACUCCCCAACUCUGGUGGAAGCUUUGAAGGACAAGCAGGUAAAGAGUAUUGCAUGUGGUACUAAUUUUACCGCUGCUAUUUGCCUUCACAAAUGGGUCUCGGGGGUGGAUCAAUCCAUGUGCUCUGGUUGCCGCUUGCCAUUUAACUUCAAAAGAAAACGUCACAACUGUUACAACUGUGGACUCGUGUUUUGUCAUUCAUGCAGCAGCAAGAAGUCGCUCAAGGCUUCCAUGGCGCCAAAUCCCAAUAAACCUUAUCGUGUCUGUGAUAAUUGUCUGAUUAAAUUGAAAAAAGCCAUUGAAACCGAUGCAUCAUCUCAUUCAUCUGUCAGCAGGCGAGGAAGUUUGAAUCCAGGGACGAAUGAUGCUAUAGGCAAUGAUGAGAAGUUGGAUAUCAGGCCUCGUCCCCAGAUGGGCAGGUUCUCUUCAAUGGAAUCCUUCAAACAAGUAGAGAACCGCUUCUCAAAGAAGAACAAGAAACUGGAAUUUAACAGCAGCCGUGUAUCACCAAUCCCAAAUGGAAGCUCCCAAUGGGGAGGGCAAAGUAUCUCAAAGUCGUUCAAUCCAAUAUUUGGGUCAUCCAAAAAAUUUUUCUCAGCUUCCGUUCCUGGAUCUAGAAUUGUUUCUCGAGCAACGUCUCCUAUAUCAAGACGAGCCAGUCCUCCUCGUUCGACUACCCCGACUCCUACUCUGGGAGGACUUACAUCGCCUAAGAAUGCGUCCAGUGAUGUGAAAACAUCAAACGAUAGUCUUAGCCAGGAGGUUAUAAAAUUGAGAGCACAGGUGGAGAAUCUGACAAAGAAGGCUCAACACCAGGAGAUAGAGCUCGAAAAGACAACUAAACAGCUGAAGGAGGCAAUAGCAAUUGCAGGGGAAGAGACUGCUAAAUGCAAAGCGGCAAAAGAAGUGAUUAAGUCACUUACUGCACAACUGAAGGAAAUGGCUGAAAGGCUCCCUGUUGGUUCUGCCAGAACCAUCAAAUCCCCAUCCUUGGUGUCCAAUGAUGUCUCAAAUGCCUCUGUAGAUAUUUUGAAUGGUCAAAUAAAUGGCCAGGAACUGCAACCGUAUGAACCAACCAACCAGUUCCUCUCUAAUGGGUCCAGCACAACAAGUAACCGCAAUUUGGUCCAAAACAGGCUGAGCCAAAUGGAAGCUCUAAUGAGAAAUGGAAAUAAGAUGAAAGAGAGUGAUUCUGGCGCUGAAAAUGAAUGGGUUGAACAAGACGAGCCUGGUGUUUAUAUUACCCUUACGUCCCUGCAUGGAGGGCUCAAGGAUUUGAAGAGAGUUCGUUUCAGGCCACGCGGGUCGAUCAGAAGCCUAAGGGCUAGAUCGUCCGUGGCGAAAAGGUUUCAAGACCACGCAGGCGGGUCGAUCAGAAGCCCUAAGGCUAGAUCGUCCGGGGCAAAGAUUAGCAAAGCUACACGGGUCGAACCUAUCGACCCUAAGAUCAAAGGGUCAAAUAGCUCGACCUUAAGCACCCACCGUGCGAGAGCCGUGGAUUGA